GAUAGCUCUAAGGGAACAGAAGGAAAUUCUCCCUUUUUAUUACAUUUUAACUGAUUGGAUUUUGGGUCCUUAAAAAACUUUUCAGAUAUAUAUAAAACCUAUCCUCAACCCCAAUAGAAACUUCUUUCAACCAUUCUUGGUGGACUGAAAUUUCUUUUUGGGACUCAACAAGAUUUCAAGUGAUAAGUGAGUCUCAAUACGUUGAAUCGGCUGGGAUCCAGAACUCUCCCAUUCUUUUCUGGAGAAAAGAGUAGUGUCUAAGGAGCUACAAGGCUGAGAACUAGAACCUUACGUUCACCUCUUGGCAUUUUUCAGGCACCUGGCAUUUCUUUUGCCAUUUGGCCUUACUUGUUUCUUGGGCCAGACCACCUUCAAGCAAUGGUGGUCAUUUCUGUCCAUCUUGGGUGCAAAGACUACCUUCUCUUUCUCGUCAGCCUAGUUUUCUGGGCUGCCUUGCUCCGCACAGCUCCUGCUCUGCCCUUGCGGAAUUCCAACCCCAUCUACCAAUUUGAUGGGCAAGUCCGGCUUCGGCACCUCUACACAGCGGAUGAGCAGACACACCUCCACUUGGAGAUCUUGUCAGACGGCACAGUGGGUGGAUCCAGGUUUCAGAACCCCUUCAGUUUGAUGGAGCUCAAAGCUGUGAAGCCAGGAGUCAUUCGCAUGCAGGCCAAGAAGACCUCUAGAUUUCUCUGUAUGAAGCCCAAUGGACGACUGUAUGGCUCGUUGUUCUACGCUGAGGAGUCAUGCAACUUCCAUGAGAAGAUUCUCAGUGAUGGCUACAACCUGUACUAUUCUGAAAACUACAACAUACCUGUCAGUCUCAGCUCAACGGGGAGCCUGGGUCAGAGCCAUCAGUUGCCUCCCUUCUCUCAGUUCCUGCCGUUAGUCAACAAAAUUCCUCUUGAGCCUGUGUUUGAAGACUUUGACUUCUAUGGACAGCAAUUGGAUGUUGAAUCAGCUGAUCCUUUGAGCAUUUUAGGACAAAACCCUAGUUUCAUGAGUCCGAGCUAUGUCUUUGGAUAAAUGGGAAUUCUUGAUUGGUUGGGAAGGAAUUUGAGGUCAAACUUUUAAGUAGAGCUUUUGCCAAACCUGGAGUUCUGGGUUUUCUUGCCAUGAACAAAAUGAAGCAUUCACAUGUGAUGCAAUAAGAGGGGAAGAAAGAUGAGAUUUCAUUUCAACACAGAUGCUGAAAUGAUUAAAAUCUUUAUAUUGAAUUGUUGACUCCAGCAUCCCAAAACUGCCUAGUGUUGGGAUGAAUCAAUGUAUUUAUGUGUUUCUAGGUCACAUACAGACUGCCAACCAGAAGUGCGGACAAAAAUAUUGGGGGUUUUGAACCAUUUUUACUAGUUUUGUUUUUCUUACACUGUAAUUGUUCACCUUUCCAACUUGAGUUCUUCCUGAGUUAUUUAAAUAACUUAUUUAUUAUAUGCCAGAUUUAUUUAUUGAGAAAUUGCAGGACAGUCCUAAUAAGGAUUUUUGUGCUGACAAAUAAUUUAUGUAUUAUUAUUUAUACAGUAGUGUGUAUAUAUGUAUAUAUUUUAUAUUUUUCCAUAUUUAUUUCCCUUCCCGGAAAGGGAAUGGCUAAUAGUCUAUUCUGUUAUAAAGCUCCUGUGCCUUAGAUUUUCUUUACUGGUAGUUUCCUCCUUUCUUUUCAAUGAAUACUUGGGAAGGAGGAAAGCAGAGGCAAUGCAGAAGUGGGAUUUUGUAGUGCUGGAGACCACUGCAAAUAAUAGGAUUUUGAGCCUUGUUUUUCCCCACUUUGUCUAUAGCUGUUCAUAUCUGCAAAGACCAAGUUUUUGUAUCAUUCUUGUCAUGCCACCAAAAAAAAAAAAGACAUAAAAAGCAACUGAUAAGCAUAUAAAACAGACUGAUUUCAACUGAGUUUCCAGUUCAAGUUACUUUAAAGCAAAAAUAAAGAACUUGUUGAUUUCCAGUUGUCACUGGACUAGAAUUCCCAUCAAUCUCUGACUGCUACCUAUGCUCGCUAUGACUGCUGGGAGUUUUAGUCCAACAAGAUCUGAAGGGCAUCAGAAGGUCUCACUCCAAAUCACCCCAUCUCUGCCAACUGUAAUUCAUGCAGAAAAGAGUUUAAGUUCAUGUUGUUUGUGUAUAUUUAUUUAUUUAUAUGCUCUAUUGAUUUUUCAUGGAACUACAGUACUGUAUUUUUUUCAGAAUCCAUGUUUUAUGGCAAAAAGUGGUAUGUUAGUAUGAUUUCUAAGUAGUGUGACAACACU